AUGUUCGUUGUUCUGCCCAGACUUGAAUGGCGUAUGACAUCAUAUUCGGCUGUGGGCGGCAAUUGCCGUGUAUUCGGCAAACACCCCUUGAAACCUUUGCCGUUGGAAUAUCAAAAUCGUCAACUAUGCAACGCAGGGCGCGUGCAGUGUGCACCAGAUGCCACAGUCAUCCGUUGUGACCUAGAAGGUCGACCAAGUGGCGCUUGCAGCCGUUGCGAGCAUGGAGGCCACAUGUGUCAGCCUCAUAUUGGACCCCGGAAGCAAAGAAAAGCCCUCCGCUCUUCACUUCAUUCAUCAGAUACAAGUCUCCUGUCGCCAAGUGGAGCAGUCCCAGCGACACAGGAAAAUAGAGUACAGGAAGCCACACCCUCUCACUCGAGUCCUCUUGGUCAUCGGGAUAUAACCUGUUGGGGGCCUGGAGACUCCAUUGGUUCACAACAGCCGAAUUCCAUCGAUGGAAGUCAGCUCGUUCUAGAAGCUUGUCGCCUUCCGCCUCCCGUCGUCGCCCAAGCCCUUACGGAUUUCUAUUUCCGUGAACUUUUCUACUUCGUCCCAGUUUUAGAUCGCGGUCAAUCUGAGAUACAAGCCUCUACGUUGCUGCAGCAGUGCCUGUAUUUUGCGGGAAGUACCAUGCGUCAAACAGCAGGCCCAGCCGAGUGGACCACAUUUGCCAUUUAUGGCCGGGUUAAAACAUUACUCUUUUUGCACCACGAUCCAGCUCCACUGAAUAUGCUCAGCGCACUCUGCAUUCUCAGCACUUGGCUUCCAUAUUCCCCGGACGCGGUAGUGCUAGAUAACCCGUGGCAAUGGACUGGUAUGGCGAUCCGACUUGCGAUCCAGUUACAUUUGCAUGAAAAAGAGGCAUAUAGCCGAUUGGAGCAUCCGGAGAGAGCACGCAGAAUGUGGUGGUAUCUCUUUAUCAACGAUACUAUGCAGACGGCCUGCUGUGGGCGCCCUGGAAUGUUCCCCUUGAAAACGUCUGUACCACUGCCAGUUCCCAGUGACUUCAAAGAUCCUGAUCUCGGAUCAAGCGUUUUUUGUCAGUUGGCAUAUCUCUGUACAGGCCUUAGGCAGGUUCUGGAUCUGGCUCGAGUUGAUAAAACCUCCUCAGAGGAAGUGAAUUCACUUCUAGAGACACUGGGACUGCAGAGACAAGUGUGGCCUCCCGAGAUGCAACUGUUCAACACAGGGUCUAGACAACCAUAUAGCCGCCCUGUUGUUGAACUCCACAUAUUUUACCUGGUGACUGUUAUCUUGACGUGCUUCCUUGGCCGCCAGCACAACCCGUCGUCAUUCAAAUACGCCUCAAUGACUGCUUCAUCCUGUAUUUCUCGGCUAUAUGAGGAGAUUCUCUACCACGAGGAUGUUCGAUACUUGCUACCAAUCCAUUCUUGGGCUAACCUUAUCGCUGGAAUCCCACGAGCUUUUAGCGACAGCGAGACAUUGAACCCAAAUCGAGACGAGGAGCUCAGAAUCAGCAAACAGGUGCUGGAAACUAUGAGUGAGAAGCAUACCUCGGCUGCUUUUGUACUCGACAAAAUCAAGAGUCUGAAUAAUAUGCGCACAGAUGCCUUUCCCGCUCAAGCUGAUAAUACGUGGGGUGCUCUUCCGGUUCCUGGGCAAAUGCAGCUGGCUCAGCUCUUCCCAUUUCCCUCGAACUUUUGCCCUAUGCUCAAUCUUCUAAGAACAGCGGAGGCUAGCGAAAAUCAACCGCCGGACGCGCUUCUUACUUUGCCUACAGAUAGCAAUGAUUGGCCGAUUGACUGGUCUUUCUUCUUAUUUGACGGUCCCAUGAGCUUCUGA